GGUAUCUCCAGAGCGGCUCUUUCUGUGUCAUGAUGGAUCUAGCACAGAUGAAGAUUCUCAUCCAAUAAAACAAUCACCAUGUUGGACUGGUUUCUCGAUUCUUUCUCCGCAGUGCUGCGGCGACCCUUCCAGAGGACCAAGGCGACCUACUGUUUCGUGGUUUUUGUAGUCCUCGGUUUCUGGUUCUACUACGUCAUCGACUUGUGGCGGAGUUCGAACUUUUUUUAAGGCCUGUUGGCACUCUCGGGUUUGCUUGGUUUUGGCUUGUAGAUAAAAAACAUAGAACUCUUAUUUGAUUCAAAAUUUCGCGAGGGUACUAACUAACGAAAUCUACGUCUAACUUUCGCUGAACAACACACCUGGUGGCGCUGUGUAUGAUGGAAAGACGACUUUGCUAGUUGAUCUAGACCAUUUAGAUUCGAGCGGAGAUCAAGAGGGUCACGAUGACCCUGCAGUUGGUGUCGUUGGAGAAGUUACAAGUGGAAUAUCAAGCGGUGCAGAUGGUGUCAAAAAUGUGGAAAAGAAUGAGGAGAAGGCGCGCUCAUCUUCUUCAUCCAGGAAAUUCCUUCCUCCAUCAGAGCUCGUUUCCACAGAAGGGUACAUCAAUGAGAACCAGAAACGUUCAGCGUUCUUGAAUGAUCUGACAGUGGGGAAUCGGGUCUUCGCUUUGUGGGGAGAUAACUACAUCUUCUCUCAAAAAACCUACGAUGGAGCUCAAAUACGACUUGGAGCAUACAUCUAUGUGCCGUCUGAGCUCUUGCGGAAAAGGCUGGAUUUGUUGAGGAAUGGCAUGCCGUUCGCAUCGAACAAAAAUGUUCCUUGCACAUUGAACAGCAACCACGAACGUGGAAAGGCGGGAUGGUUUUUCGGUAUCUUCUCGCACGAACGCGGAAAAGUGGCGAAUUUGAAUCAGUUAAGUAAUAAGGACGGUCGGUCUUCGUCUUAGAAGCCUCUCAACAUCUUCGUUGCAAGGGGAGAAGUAGAACGAAAGAUGCAUCAUGGUCUCGAUCUGGGGCAUCGUUCGUAUUUUUGAAGAUAUAAUUCUGCAUUCUCUUUAUAGCCUCUAGGAGGACGCUCCUCUAACGAACGGGGGAGGGAAGAAGCGACUUCUCAGUGCAUACAACAGAAAGUCGCGAAAAGAUGAAGCUACAGAUGUAGAUCAUUCAGUUUGGAUAACCACAAACAGCAAAGGCCUCAAUCGUCCGAGACGACGACUGUCAGAGGAAGACGAGAAUACCGCGAAAUACCUGAAGACGCGGACCUCUGAGGAAAUAGAGGAUGGUGCUAAUUUUGGUGUGGCAACCACUGCGGGCCGUGUUGUUAAGGACAAAUUUUCUAAAAGACGAAUAAAUGCUUUCCAUGUGUGCUGGUAUCCGGUUUUGUGUAUUUCUUUGAUGAAAACACGGGAUGCUCAUGGAGAUAAUUAUUCUGCAACUUUCUUGUUGCAGCCAUUUCUAAUGAUCCCUUUCAAGGCCCUCAACCACAAACUGCUGCUCCUGCCCUACGGCUAAAAGCAUUGUCAUCGUUUACGGAGACGAAAAAACUUCGUGGAGGAGUGUCAGCAGCGGCUGCUCGCGAGAAACAAGCUAAAGAACUGCGUCAGCGCAUUGACACAAUUGCAGAUAGGAAGGCAGGGAGAACACCUCAACAUGGUACAACAACUCAGCAUAUCAAACAAGACGAUGCCGCUCAUGCCCAGAGCCAGACGCCGCAUCAUCCUAGUAUAGCUGGUGCAAAAACACAACCAGAAGAACACACACCGUCCUCUAGUGCAAGCAGUGGAACAGCAGAACAAGAAAGCUCAACAACUUUAUGAAACCAAAAUAUGUUAUUGUUAUCAUUACCAUACUUUUCUACUUAAGAUAAAACUUGAUAAUGAUAACAGAUUUAUUUCUUUUCAUAAACUUCACUACCUCUAGAUCUAGUACCGCAAGUUCUAGGAGGAGAUCCGCAUCCCGGACCUGCCGCUCUAGUCCCGAAAGAACUACCCUAUGCUUACGGAGGCGAACACGGUUUGGGGACUGUUGGAGGUGGAGCAGCAACUACGGCUUAUCCUCACGAAAGCGGAACCGCCGAAGAAGACUCAGAAGAGGCUGUACCGGAAGUGCGUCUGUUUGUCAACUGGUCUACCGAGAAGUCAGCCUGUAAUGAGCUCGCGGCAUCUUUUGCUUAUGCCUAUAUUUAUAAGAAGUGAGUAUGAGUAUGAAGACGGAGUGAGAAGAAAUUCCAGAAGGAUGAUAGUACGGUCUAGUUAACGAUGAUAUUAGAAGUGAGUAUGGAGACGGAGUGAGAAGAAACUCCUAAUUCCCUUUACCCCUCGACACCUGGGUUCGCGUUGGCUUUACGAUGGACCAACACGUCGCCCUUUUUAUCGAAAACGAAAUUGUUGGUGAUACGGCAACACCUGAACGUGGCAUCCUGCGGAAUGGCAAUACACGACUCAGAACCAAGAAUUCGAAGACCUUCCUCAGCGACAUGAGCACCAGACACCUUGGUCGAGGUACGCAGAUAGGUGGUGCGCGGGGGGGUGGGUCGUUUUUCACAUUAUGCAAGGAACUGAAGUUCUUUACUUAGGAGGCGUUGUACAACCGCAGAAGUUCUCAGAAGUUUGUAGUGCUCCAUCAGUUAUAAUGCUUCAUCUAAUCAGCGGCUUUCUGGCAGACUUCAGUAUGCGUGUCUUUGAUCAAGAGGUGCUUCGGUUGAACGAUGGGGAGCUAACGAAUAUGCAGUCAGCGUCGGAUACUUUCGCGGUAACGCAACCUACCGAAUUUACACGCGCAAAUCCACUUUUGUUUAUGAAUUCAGUCCUGAUGAAGAUGAACGAGUCCACUUUGUUUGUACUUAUAUGAACGACAACCAGACGAGAGUUGCUGUAGACUACAAGUUAGUAGUAGAAGAAGAAGUGCUUGUGGAAGCUAGAAAUAAAAAGUUUAGAGAGUAGACAGAACUUUACUACAGAUGAUGAAAAGAAAUCUGUUUAAAAAUAAGUCUCUUCUUCAUCUCCCCUGCCAGCGCCACUAGCAGCAUGACAGUCUCAGAUCCGACGUUGCUUGCGAAAUACACCAGAGUUCCCGUCAUCCAUCUCUUCAACGACUGGGUAGAACGAGUUGAAGCGCCAGCGGGGUCCUUAUGAUGGAUUUAGAAUCGCACAGGCCCAUCAUGAUCUUCAUAUUUAUGAGGAGGACCAUGAUAGAUUGAAAGAGUUUGCCCAUUUUGCACUUUCUAAUCCUAGCACCAGGCGACGUCCCCUCGCCAACUGGACACGGCACAACAACGUUAGACGUAACACAGCCUAGUUGGGUGUCGCAAAUGAAGACGCAUAUGGACCACGUGCUGGCAAAGAAGUCGCGUCUGAUCAGACCUAAGCGUGCCAAAGGAAAGGACUACGAGGACCUAAAAAAAGACCAUGACGUGCUACAACAGUUGACUGCGAGUAUUAUGAAGGUCAGGCUUUUGGUUUUAGUUUUACCUAGAUUGACUUUGACAUGAUCGACAUCGGGAAUUUUCGGAGUUUCAUCUACAAUCCAUCGUGAACAAUAAUGAUGAUCCUACGCAGCUUCCUCUUCGACUGAUCCUCAAAUAAUCCUCAAAUAAUGUUGCCACCCCGCCUCCUUCUAAUAUCCUGUCCAAGAACCAUGAUGGCUCAAUAUCAUUCAACCGCCGCGUGGAGAAGACGACUACGGUUCCGCCUAAGCUCGAUAACUACUUCGAGGGAUCGAAGAAUAAGAAGCCGGUUGACGUGAAGGAUACCAUGAUUAUGAACUUGUUGUAAUUUAAAUGUUCAACAACUUGUUGUAGUUAAAAAACUUCUCAUGAUCUGCUUCUAUCUUUCUGUCAAGAACAUGCAUCUGCUGUACGACCACGAGCGCAUUACUCAGUAUUUGCAGGAGUUGUUGUUGAAAAAUUGAAAUUCUACAUGCUGUACAUUAAAUACAUUUAGUCCAUUCUCUUCAUCCUUCUAACCUCACAUUCGGCCCAAAACCGAUCGACCCAUUUGGAGUGGUACCGAAUGCCAAUAUCCAAGACGAGCUCGAAUCUGAAGACUUGUUGACAGGCAGAAAGCAUCAAAAAAUCAGCGAAGAAACACUGGCGCAUGGGGAGAAGAAGAUGACGUACUUACUUGUUAAAUUCUUGGUUGUCGACGUGCUUGGUUAAUACGGGAUUGUUUGUUUCCUUCUUCUGUGAUACUACAGGCUUUGACUUUCCCUUUCUUGUUGUAAGACGUAAUAAAUUGCACCAACAAGUACUACCAUGAUCUUAACCGUAUUUAAAACUUCUUUCAGCGCCGCGCCUUCUACUGAAUCUACGUUCAAAUACGAGCAUGAGAUGCAGGAUGCAAUAUUAGGAGAGCUUUCGCAACACAAUGGACCACUGAGACCGAAGACUUCACAGUCUUCCUUCAGAAACAAGGGAAUGCAAGAUGGCAGUUUGCACAUUUUGAAAGUUAUGGAACAAAAAAUUAAUUCCACUUGAUACGGUAUUAUUAGUCACUUGGUUCUAUGUUUUGAGUUACAGUUUACAGCGUUACCUCAAGUAGUGCUUGCUGUUAAUGUUGGUUCGCGUCUGGUUCAUCUCCACACUUGUUUCAGACUUACAGCGCGUUCUUCAUCUCGACAAUUUACAUACUAGGACAUCUUCACUGUCAAAAACAUACAAUACAAUGACCUUCUAACAAUGGACCCGCAGCUGCUUCCGGAUCUGCAUCCAUAAUGCUGCCAGGGGAAGAGGUCGCCAAAUCGCCAGAGGGACUCCGCAGCGUGCACAUCGAUCCCAAUAGGAAGAACUACUUUGACGUUGGCGAACAAGAGAAGAUGCGUUUACGACAGAAGGGUGUGCCCGAAGAAAUGCUAAACCCUGUGAAAGCGCCCGUAGAGAAAAUAGAGCCACAUCUGUGGGCUGAAGAGGUAAGGAACGAGAUGCGUUUUGUUUGGGAUAGCUACAGGGAGAAAGCUUUUGUUAUGGAGGCAGGUCACUAUGUGGUUUAGACAUAGCCGUUUUAUUGUGAUGUUGGAGGUUUAUAAGGUUGUCUAGAGGAAACUUCCUUACCUCGUCAUCUUGAGCAUGCUUGUUUUGUCAUGGAGGCACGUCACUUCUACGUGGUAAAUAGAAUGCUGUCAUUGAUGCCGUGACCUCGAUGAAUACACCAAUACACAGAGUGUCAUUGCUUGUCGCUCAACACUUUCUCUUCUAAUUUCAGCAAUGACGAGAUUAAGCCAGUAAGCGGCGUACCUUCGAACUGGGUGGGCGUUGGCGUGAUGGUAUUCGAAUCGCUCGACACCUUGCUCCUGAUGGACCUCCAAAAGGAAUACGCUCAGGGAUUGCGGUGGGUCAUUAUGGAGUCAUGGAUGUUGUUCUAACUUCUAAGUAAACAACAUGAGAUGAGGACUGAGCCUCAAGAAUAGUAGAGUUCUUGUGUUAAAAACACUCUGAUACGACUAGGACUAACACUGUGACACAACUAACACUGUCUUAGUAGUUCCUUCAAGUAGUUCAAUAUAUCAGUCUUUUUCUUCAAUUGAUUCUCUAAUUUCCAAGACCUGAAGAUAGAAUCUGAAGCGAAGGAUGAGUGGGCGAGUUCCUUCGAGAUCAACAUCCGCAUAAUUGGUGGCCUGCUUGGAGCAUACGCACUUACAAAGGAAACGGUCUUGCUGAAUCGGGCACGCGAGUUUGCGGAUCUUCUCCUAGAAGCGGGGGUUUUCAACGCAGCGAAAAACGGACACCCUCUCGCUCUACCAGAAGUGAAUUUGAAGCUGAGACGCAGCAGACGGCAUACAUGGUCGCAGUAUUUUGUGCUGUCUUUAUGAUCAUGAGUUAUUUCUUUCAAAAUGAAGGGCGGAUGAGAAGUAAGCAGACACAUCUAGAGCUAAACAACUAAAGACAGAUGAGUGUCGUGCAAAUCUAGUUUAUAUAACAGCAAAUUGAAGACAGGCAAGGAGCUGCCUUGUUCGCGUCUAAUCCCCGAAGUCGGCACCUGGCAACUCGAGUGGCGAUAUCUGUCGUUCCUAACGAAAGACCCCAGAUACCAAGAAGCCGUUGACAAGCAAGAAAGCCUGUUGCUUCACAGGACACCAAGACAAGUGCGCGGUUUGCUGCCGAACUUCGUGGACCCAUCCGCCGUCAUCGUGUCUCAAGACUACUCGUUCGGUAGCGGAGGAGACUCGUACUACGAGUAUUUGUUGAAGUUAAAUACUAAUACAAAUACUUUUUAGACUUACUUUCUAAUCCCUACCCAUCUUUGUUUUACCUCUAGAGACUUAGCCCUUCCAACAACUUACUUUCUAAUCCCUACCCAUCUUUGGAUGCACAACGUUUUUCGAGAAUCUUGUAACGAUCCGCUGAAACGUGGUAGCAUCGAUUGUGGCGAUGCCCUAGGCAACGGUCGAAAACGGGAACGAAUGCGUGACCCUAGUGGUGAUGAGAUAAGACGACUAGAGAGCACUGUGGAGGAAGAGGGGGCUUCCAAUUCCAUGAUGAAAAGUGCAACUCGUAGCAGACCUGAGGAGCCUAGAAGAGCACUUGUUUCUUCAGCAUCUUCUAGUGGAACUGAAGAAGGCGAAGACACCUCAGCUUCUUCCUUUGUCGGACCGCACGUGUCGACCUCAUCUGACAGUCAAGCAGUAGUCCUUCCUCCCACUCCCGCAUCAUCCUCUUCAUCUUCUAUAGCUGAGGUUCCUCCAACACACGCUGCACGAGAAAUCCCUCUGGACCACAACAUCUACAACAACAAUGAUCAUGAAACAUCUUCUACGAAGAAAACACCAAAGAACAUGGAGGAUUCAGACGAGCCAGAGGUUGGAGAGCCUAAAGCCGGCACAAAUCCACCUCUUUCGCGUGAAAAAGCGCCUGAGGCCUAUCCAGCAGAACUGCUUGCUGGAACCUUGAAAAAGGAGAGGUCACGGGAGGACAAAGACAAGGACAUGAUACAGAAGAUUGUGGGGGAUGCAGUGGCAACUGUGGCGCCGGCAGUUAAGGACUCCUUGUUGAUCAGGAUGUUGUAGACUCCAUCUUCAUCUCUAGUACAACGACCUUGUAGAAUGUUCCUGAGCAUCCUUGCGACGACUCUAUCCACCAAUUAUAGGGGACAAAGGAUUAUUUAUUGGAUUUCUUCAGUAGGAAGGAUGUUGGCUCCGCGCAUUAACCUCUAAGAUACAUGGCGGAGGCACGACAUUAGACGAAGCAGCAGCAGCGGACGAGGCAAAUCGACAGGCAGGCAGUCUGAAAGGAAUCGUCAAGCAAGAAGUGGAAUCGACGAAAAAAGGCCUCCUUGAAUGGAAAACGGCAAUGUUCAGCUUGCAGCAGAAGAUGCUGGUAACAAGAAGAACUACUUUUACUAUACCUACUAAGUGGCGUGCACUUCGACUUCUACUGAUUUUCAACAUUAUUUUUAUACAUACUAUACUUACUAGUGCAGCUACAACAGAUAAGAUGCUAUUUGUCUUCCAAGCACAACACGAACACAACAUCACAGAUCAAAGGCUUUCCACCGCAUGAAGACCAUCUCUUUCUUCGAGAAGCGAAGAUGGGCAACCUGGUCAACCGCAUGGAACAUCUGGCUUGCUUUGUACCUGGGAUGUUGGUUUUGGGAUAUCACGAGUUGCCAGAAAGACUACGCGAUGACGCUUGGAUGGACACGGCCACAUCUCUCAUGGACACCUGCGUCAACCUUUAUCGCAGCAACUUCUUCGGUCUCGCAUGCGAAGCGACAAGGUUUAGGUUAAAGCGGGAUCUGGAAGGAAAGAAAUUGACCUACUGCGACGGGGAUGAUAAGGUACGGAUUCAGAUUCUUUUGUCACUUGUUUUCUACCACUAAGAGCAAUGCCAAUCAUAAUGUAAACGAACUUUUAAGUAGAAUAAGAAUAAUAUUCAACUCGUUUUCUGUGCAGACAGAGAGACAGAUCAUCACCAUCACAACUAGCUAUGUCUCCUUUCCAGGUGUCACACCUCCGACCAGAAACGGUCGAAUCACUGUACUACCUCUGGAAAUACACCGGUGACUCGAAGUGGCAACGUGAUGGGUACGAAAUCUUUCGCGCGCUGAAGACCCAUGCAAGAGCACAGUAUGGCUACACUUCCGUCACUUGGCAAGCGCCAGAAAGGAGUAUUAAGGCUUACCCUAAUCCAUCUUCUCUGGAAGCAUUCCCAAGAGGCUUCAUCUCAAACAAGGGGAAAAGGCACCUAGGAUGCAUUUCGGGAUGGGUUAGCGUGAGCUCUAAGAGUAGUCCCAGAGCAGGCCACCUGUUCUUUAAGCCUCGACCACUAGACAGGCAGGAGAGUUACUUCGCAGCAGAGACGUUGAAGUACUUGUAUCUGCUCUUUAGGCCACAAGACACUUUUAGUCUGGAGCGGUUUGUACUGAACACAGAAGGUCAUCCGAUAGAGAGGUAUAAGCCGCCAGAAGGAAGCUUAUAGGUGAAGUUUUCCUCGAACUUGAUGUAGUUGCAAUCACAAGUAGUGACACUUUGUUCGCCAAUCUUCCCGAAACCGAUUUAGAUUUUCCCCAAACCCCACGACGUAAACCGUGUGAAGUCCACAACCUUUUUGCGCAGCUAGCAUCCCACCCGUGGAAUUCAGUCAUUAUAGAUAAGGUGC